AUGAUGCGCUCGUCGGAGAAGCAUCAGGGCGUAAAAGCCAUGCACAUCAACCGUGAUCGUAUCAAGGAGAGAAUUCAAGAAAAGCACCGCGAGCAGCGGCAGCGGGUGCGGGAUAGUCGACUGGGAGGACUGCGUAGGGCGGAGAGCGGCGAGACAUCUGACCAUGCGUGGUGUGCAGGCACUCGUGAGGCAGCUGUGACGGGUCAUUCAGAGGUCGAAUCAAGCACCACACGCGCGCCUGACACCACACUGUGCUACAACUCCGACGAGAUUUUGACGACAUCGGCGGUGCAGGACUGGUCUGAUAUUGGCCACGAGUUUGGCGUCAACAUCCACGACGCUGAUGUGAUGGAGUAUUUAUUAGGUCUCGAGGAGGAGAUUCGGCAAGAACAGUUCUUUCAGUUUUACGAUCAAACAAACAGUAACGAAUGGGAAGAAUACUUCUGCUAUCUGACACGCUGA